GGCGCAACCGUCUUUUCGAUCACGUUGCGAAACCAUCAUGGCGCCUUCUAGAUAUUGUAAUACGACUGCAAUGCGUUGAUAAAAUUCCGGCAAUUGCACAAAAAUUACGAUCAAACUCAAAAUUGAAAAGUAAGAAUAAUAUCACUCUCGAUCGACCGCACACGCCACAAGAUUACGUAACAUACACUUUAACAGCUGCACAAUGCCGGUGGUACCUGGAGGGGCCUAUCAACAAGGACCGACUUGUUUCGAUAGAAUGAAAUUAGGUUUCACAAUUGGAUUUUGCGUAGGAAUGGCCUCUGGUGCGCUUUUCGGAGGAUUUUCUGCUCUUAGAUACGGAUUAAGAGGAAGAGAAUUGUUAAACAGCGUCGGCAAGGUAAUGCUUCAAGGUGGCGGCACAUUUGGCACAUUCAUGGCUAUCGGAACAGGGAUACGAUGCUAGUACACGAGCAACGUGAACGGAGCUAUGUUAUUGAGUAUCUCGCAGUCUAUCUUUUUCGUUGUACUGUUUGUAUUGUAAGCGCGAGUCAUUAAGUUUUUAAUAAAAAUAGAAUUAAGGA